AUGUACAUGCAGUAAUCAGAGCCUGUCCCAGCAGUCAGGACGAGAAGCAGCCUGUUGCCCCUCCAUUCCUGUAACUCCAGCAGCUGGGCUCCAUCGGUGUGCGACCCCCUCAUGGUUCCCCAACGUUUGUUCAUGGGCACUGGCCAGCACUGCAGGUGUCUUGUCCUGCUGCAGCUGGUGCUAUCCUGUUGCGGAUUUAAUAUCGACUUGCAGUUCCCGGUGGUGAAGACUGGCAAUCCUGGCAGUUUCUUUGGCUUCUCCGUGGCUCUGCACAACCAGACUAAAGGAGAGCAACGGUACCUGCUGCUAUCUGGAGCACCAUUGGAUCAAGCUCUUCCCAGUCAAAAUGCUAACCAGACAGGUGCUGUCUACUACUGUCCACUGACUGACAAAUCAGAUGAUUGUAAGAGAGUUGACAUAGAUGAAAAAGUUGAUACAAAGAAAUACAUUCUUGACCAUAUGUGGCUUGGAGUGACCGUUACCAGUGGAGGACCAGAUGGCAGAAUUUUGGCCUGUGGCCACAGAUAUGUUGCUAUCGUACUGUCUGGCCAAGAAGAACAAUGGCGUAUGAUUGGGCGUUGUUACCCACGAGACAAUGAUAUGAAGCUGAAUAUCAGUGACGACUGGCAGACUGAUCCCCUUGAGCUGUGCAAUCCAAACGCUGACCAUAAUGAUCAGGGAAUGUGCAAUCUAGGAAUGGCUGCUGGCUUUAUUCCAUCUGGAAUGUACUUUGGAGCACCUGGAAGUUACAACUGGCAAGGAAACACCAUUGUCCAAACACGUGUUGAUUUCAGCCAUGAUAAUUCUGAAUUUGGCAAGUUGAGCAAGGAGAACUCCAGCAGCUACACAGGAUUUGCAGUUGAGACUGGAUAUAAUAUCCUGCAAAAGGACAAAUUGACCAUUGUGGCAGGUGCCCCACGCUAUGUGCAUAAAGGUGCCGUAUUCCUCGGGUCAUUAAUUAAUGCUCCAUCUCUCCAGGUACAGCAGAUCCUGAUUGGACAACAAGUGGGUUCCUUCUUCGGAAGCUCUAUUGCUCUUGCUGACCUCAACAAUGAUGGCUGGCAAGAUCUCAUUGUUGGAGCCCCAUUUUAUUUUGAUUGGAAAAAGGAGAUAGGUGGGGCUGUCUACAUCUACAUGAAUGAAGCUGGGACAUUUCAGGAACAGCCAAGCGUAACUCUAAAUGGUGCUGCUUGGUCAUCAUUCGGUUUUGCUGUUGCCAGUAUAGGAGAUGUCAAUCAAGAUGGCUUCCAAGACCUAGCAAUUGGUGCACCAUAUGAUGGUUCAGGAAAAGUCUUUAUUUACCACAGUAAUGAGAAGGGACUAAAUAGUGAACCAAGACAGAUCAUUGAUGGACAGGAAGUUGGACAAAACGGGAUUCAAGUUUUUGGAUACUCCAUCAAAGGUGGGAUGGAUGUAGAUGAGAAUGCUUAUCCAGACUUUCUUGUUGGAAGCCUCUCAGAUAAAAUUGCUUUAUUUAGAGCUCGACCUGUGAUCAUCGUCAGCAAAACUUUCACUGUGACUCCAAACAUUGUCGAUGCCAAAAAGUGCAGCAUGGAGAAGUCCUGUAUAAAAGCGGACCUAUGCUUCUCCUACAUUCUCAGCAAUGGCGAUGCAUCCUACAAGAGAAAUAUUACUCUGUCAUUCACUGUGGAAGCUGACAAAGAACGAAGCAAACCUCGGGUCUACUUUGUGGAUUCCAAGCCAGUCCCUUCGAAUGUGUAUCAGGGGACCUUCUCUAUGCCCAGCAUGAACUGUAUGUCUCUCUUUCUCAAUGUGGUGGACAAUGUGAGAGACAUGCUUCAGCCCAUCAACAUCACCAUGAGUUACGGACUUUUAGACAGAAAGAAAAGAAGAGCUAGUGGGGUGCAAAGUCUGGAUAACUUUCCUGUUCUGAGUGGGGAUCAGAAGCACCACGUUUCACAAGAGAUUAACUUCCAGCGGGAAUGUGGCCAGGACAAUAAGUGUGAAAGCAAUCUGCAGAUAUCUUUCCAAUACGUAGAUGAGAAGCUGAAACCACUCCACAGGAAAGAUGAGGUACAGGUUCUAGAAUACAGACAGGAUGUGAAGAAACUUGCUCUGAAUUUGAACAUCACAAAUUUUCCAUCAGGUGACAAAAAAGGUGAAGACGCACACCAGUCAUCAUUGAACAUUACCUUCCCUCCAACACUCCUGUAUUCAGCAUUUAGAUCAGACAAUCAAGACAUUGCGUGCACAGUAUCCGAAACUCUGAUCUGUGAACUGGGAAAUCCAUUUAAACAGAAUCAAAAGGCUUUGCUUACAGUAAUAUUUGAAGCUACCAGAAUAACACUCAACACAUCAGAGAUUGACGUUUUUCUCCAGCUAUCAACAAUAAGCCUGCAAGAUGACCUACAGCCUGUGCAAGCAAAGCUUCUGAUAGAAUACACUAUUCAGACAUCGCUCAGAGUGAGCCCUGAGAGACCAACAACAUAUUUCAGUGGUGUUGUGAUGGGAGAGUCUGGCAUGCAUACCGUUGGUGACAUCGGGAGCCCUGUCAAUUAUACUUUCACGGUUACUCUCGAUGGAGAACCCUUGGGGUCAGUAGGCACUCUCAUGUUAUUGUUUGAAUGGCCCCACGAAAUUGCGAACGGCAAGUGGUUGCUGUAUAUAACUGAGAUUCUGAUGGAUGGGACCAGUGACAAAAAAUGUGUGCCACCUGGCUUAGUUGUGAAUGAACUUAAUCUGACUCUGUCAGGCAGAUCAGAAACUCGACAAAAACGUGAGGUGGAGCAUAUGCAGAAUGAUAGCCCAGGACUUGUCCUUGCUGCUUCCAAAAAGGGACCCCGGGAAGUUGAGUUGAAUUGCCAAGAUGGCACAGCCAAUUGUCGGAACUUUACCUGUCCACUCCACAACAUGACUCGUGAAGCAAAAGUAACAGUCCAUGCUCGGUUGUGGAACAGUACCUUCAUAGAGGAAUACAAGGACAACAAUCGAGUAAAAGUAAAGGCCGCUGUCUACCUGAUACUUCAAACAGAUAAAUCUGCUAUCAAAAUGGAAAUGAAACAAGCGAUAGCUCAGCUGAUAGUCGACUCAGAGAUGAUAGAAGAGAAGCCGAAGGAGAUUGCGCUCUGGAUUAUCAUAGUUGCCGCUGUUGCUGGAGUACUGUUACUCAGCCUCAUCAUCCUCCUUCUGUGGAAGUGUGGCUUCUUCAAACGAACAAGCUACUAUCGAAUUAUGCCCAAGUACUAUGCUGUAAAGAUCCGCAAAGAAGAACGUUACCAGUUUAACGAGGGAUUGCUACUGCAAGACCAGAAGAAGUGCUGGGUAACAAACUGGAAAGAAAUGCAGCAAUACUACUGAACAGUAAUACUGUCCAACAGUUAUGAUGUAACUACUGAAGCCAAGUACACUGCAACGACCAAUGUACAGACUGCUAAAAAAUAUUUAUGAUAAUUUAUCCUUCAGCCAAACACAGAGGACUUUUUUUUAGUAUGUAAAAAGUUUAAGAAAAGCACAGAGAAUGUAUUCUGAUGUCAUAUUUUAAAUUGCAAAAAGACUUGCGGUCUAGGUCAUAUUCUAGACUGACCUUCUUGGUGCUGUGCUAUUUGCUAAGCCCAUUUCAUCAAGUUGUUUUAGGUUUCACAUUACUUUGUCUUGCAUAUUCUCCUCCAAGAAUGAAUUCUAUGACUUAUGAUAAAACAGUCAGUCUUUCUAUAUUAUGGAUUUUAUUAAGUAAAAAUUUCUCAUCUAUCUUGCCCAUAAAGAAGGCAACCAUAGCAAAGCAUUCUGACAGAAAUGCAGCACUUUUUAGGAGUCAUAAAGUCACUGGAAGAAAUACCCCCAGUGUGGUGAAUUAGUACUACUGGCCGAGGUUGCUGUCCUGAGCUAUGUUUGAAAUCAUCAUCCAUGGUAUUAUAGCUGACCAGUGUCAGGCAAUAAUAAAGUGUUACUGGUACUGCAUGACCAGAUGGUGGUGUUUAAGCGUCCUUGCACUAGUCAGAACUUUUGCUGUCAUAUAUCCCUACCCUCAUUUCAUCUCCUAAGGAACAAGGGCUGAAUUGCUUCAGAAAAAGAAUCUUAUGCUAGUUAUCUUGUCACUCGCUGUGAAUAUCUGAGGAUUAGUGCCUUUGGGAAGCUUUUAGUACACCUAAUUUUCACAAGAGGACUUAGCAUUAAUAGGCAUUGUUUCUAUAUAAGUAUAUUUGUUCAGGUUUCUAUGUUCCUGCAGUGCUUUUUUGAAAGCAUUGCUGCUCAUGAACAUAGCUGUUUCCGUCUUGUUCACUAAAUUUGAAAACAUGGAUGCCUUCCCCCACAGCUGCUGGAACUUCUCUGUUUAGAAGAAACAUUGCAUGUCUCAGCUGUUAUUGUCUGUUGGCAUUUAGCUAGAGGGAGAAUGCACAGUGACUUUCUUUCCAGCUUUUCUUAUAACCAGAAAGCUGCAACACAACUUAUGUUUGCUUUGCAGUCAGGAAAAAGUAUUAUCGGGAAUAUGAUCUCUGGAAAGUCACUGUGACAGGAAGUGCAAGUUUGCUGAGGCCAUUCCAGUGAAAAGAAAACCAAGCCUAGACUUGAAUGCUGAAAUCUAAAGAGUAAACUGAUUUUUACAACACAUGUUUAUAUGUGAUAUGUUUUCAGAAAUGAUUUUACAGUUGCAGGUAGACUGAGAUUGUUGGAAGGGAAACAGCAGUGGUAUUUCAAACUUUUUUUGACUCCCAUCUAGGAGAGGUGAUAGUACAACAUAGCUCUACAAACCUUUAGAAAUGUACAAACUGUGAGCAGACACCUUCUUCAGAGCAAGAGCAAGGACCCAGAACAUACAGAAUUAAAUUAAAUGAUUUUUCAUUUAUGUGAUUUAAUUUUAUCCAUUCAUCCCUACUAAUAGAAACUGCUAUGAUUAACUCUAUCUGAGGAGUUCUUUCUCCCACUCCCCCAGCUUUGUAUGUAAGGGUGAUUUUGCAUUUUCACCCAUCCUUAUGGUUUUUGUUGUCAGUAUAUUAUGUUACAGGGCUUCAAGGAGCACACACAGAGUAGAACCUGCGUACCUGUCAUUUAAACUUUUCACCUCUGUUUGUGUAUCAAGUUGUUCAUUCAGAUAUCCUUCUGUCAGUGUUUUCAUUUUGUGUACUGCAGCACCACAAAAGUGAAAAUUAGGUGGUACCGUUUGGUAUAGGUACUGAUCUUUUCAUCACCUCAAGGAGUAGGAAAUUCAAGAAAAUGUUUAGCCCCCCCGACUGACAGUUUGCACCAGAAAGGUGCUUUACUAGUUGGGGAACUCCUACAUCCGGUCCAGCAAGUUACUUUGAAAAGUGCAUCCUUAAAGGAAAAGAAGGGACUGGAUCAUGAUAGGCCUUAAAGUAGCAAUCCAUUUCAACUUUUUCACUCAGAAGUCCACCUGUAUCCUCUUUAUUGUUUUAUUCUAUUGUGUCUAAUACUAGGACCCUGCAGGUAGUGUGCACUAGAGACACGGGUGGCGUGGGUGUGCAUGGUUGAUCCUCUAGAAACCUGCAGGUAGUGUGCACUAGAAGCACAGAUGGUGUGGGUGUGCACGAUUGCCCUCCUAGGAAUUUGCAGGUAGUGUGUACUAAAGGCACAGAUGGUGUGGGUGAGCACGGUCACUUUCCCAGGAGCUUGCAAGUAGUGUGCACUAGCGGCACAGAUGGUGUGCUGGAACUUCCAAGCCACCCUGAUAGGCUUUCUGAUGUGUGUUGGAUCCAGUAGCACUCAGGGAAUUGUCUCUCAGCCCCCACAGUUAUCCUUGAAGUGGAAUUCUUCCCUCCAACAUCAACCCUGCUGCAUCAACCACCCCCUCUCCCUGGCCAGCCUUUUUGUCUCACAGCCACUAACUGAACUCAAGUUACCACUAUAGCAGAUUAACUGCACCAGCAGGCUGGCUAAUCUACAUCUUACUAUGACAUUUUGUGAUGUCACUGUACAUCCAGCAUGGUGGCAUGCUCCAUUUGUGUGUAUGUAGGGGGGUGUACUUUAAUGGUACUGUCAUCCUCACAGCCAUGUUUUGCUAGUAUUAAUACAAAUUGUGAUAUUUAACUUUUUAAAACCAACUAGUUAUCAAAAAUUUGAUUUAAAUAAACAGUACCUUCAACUCACAUUUGACUCCUAUAAAGACCCCAUGAAUAGCCAACACCAUCCACAGAGCCCACCAGGGAAGCAGGAAGUGGAAGUGCUGCACACACACACACACACACACACACACACCUACUGAUAAUUUAGAUUCACCAUUCUACCUACCAUACAUGAACAUGGUUAAGAAAUACAGGCUCUCCACAGAUGGCACCACAACUAAGAACUGAACCCGUGAACUUCUUGCUGUGAGCAACAGUGCUACUCACUGCACUACUUUGCCACAAAACAUAAGAAAGUAUGGGAUCAUAAUGACAGUUCAAUGAGCCAGAGAAUUGAAAGAGAGUGAUUAUGAUCUCUUCACUUCCUUUAUUGACAAAGUUUCCAUUUUAACUUAGGAAAAUAAGCUUGGGCCUCCCUUUCCAAGAUGACCUUUCCUUUCUGAUGUCACUUUUGUGGAUUUUUAAUUCUAUGACUGGCAUACAGAGUGAGGUACAGCCACUUUGUGUCUCUGUAUUGGACAACAAAAACAGGCAAGGUGAGAUACACAGAUAUGUUUUGGGUUUAAACAAAACUUAGAAGAACAGAUAAAUAGAAAAAAGAAACAGACAGUAUGGCUGAAAAUAAAUGAUGUACAAAGAUAAUAUGCAUGAGUAAAUCUGUAAAGCUAAACAGUUAUCUGAAAGACAAUAGCAAUGAAAUGUACAAAAUAGGUGAGUUACUGACAGCAGGACAUACUGCAAAUUUUCCUGAAUAGGAAAAGUGUUAUAGGUUAAUUACACACACACACGCGCGCACACACACACACACACACACACACACACACACACACACACACACACACACACACACACACACACACACACCAGAAUCUGUACAGCAGUCUGGCUAAUUAGCUUGGCAACAUCUAUGCUAUAGUUUACAGUAUUAUCCAAGUUUGCACAAUUAAGGAUGGAAAAUGAAUUUUAGGUUAUGUUUUGUCAUCCCAGUACUAUAUUAAGAUGUAAUUCUGGGACUCAGAGUACCUUUAAUGUGGAACAUAGCUGUAUUAAUUCCUAGCUGUUACACUUCUAAGGGCAGUGACUUGGCACACCAGCCCACUUAACUAAAAAGAAAUGUUAUUUUUAUAAGCAUAUUUUUACAAAGUUGUAUAUAUGUAUUUCUUUCCUAUCUGUACGUGUGUUGGGGUGAGAGGGUAAUCUUUUUAAUGCAUUUCGUUUGAUGUGGUUACAGCAUUUCAUAUAGCUGUGACUGGCAUCUAAGCCUUUUGUCAAUCCUGAUCCAAAUGGAUACAUGAAACUGCCUGUUUACAAGUACACUGACAUACCUAUGGAGCACCCCUUUCCUGAGAAAUGUAUUAAUUUUCCUUUGUGGAAGUUUGGAGUCUGUUCUAAGCUUUAGCUUAUAUGGUCUUAGCAGGGGUGUGAAGUUCUAAAGCUUAGUUCUGUU